AGAGCGCCUGUAUAGAGUCUACUACUAAUCUACAAUUAGCGGCAUCUGUUGAGUAACACUGCUACUAAAACGGUGAACAGACGAAAUACCUAGCGCGCAUGUGUCAAGGGAAAGAAAGCAACGAAGGAAGGGUGUUGAGGUUUUGGAAUGGCAGUUACAAAUUAGCACCGCAAAGCUCUCCAGCCGACUCCGAUUUUGUGAAAAUAUGAAUAGUCACAGCUUUACAUUAGCUGAACGGCUAAUUCCGGCGACUUACUUACAACAAGCGGCAGCAGCAAAGAAAACGAGAGAGAGCCUCGUCAGACAACUCAUUGAACAGAGAAAAUGGCCAGAAGAGGGAUGGGAUGACACCACUAUAGAGAUGUUUCUCACUGAUUUGUCACAGAUGGACAGUAAUAAUUUCCCUGGUAACUGUGGCAUUGGUGAGAGAGAAGCGAGAAUUGCCUCAGCACUUGUGGCAAGAAGACAUUAUCGACUGGGUCAUGGCAUUGGGCGUUCUGGGGACCUGGGGGAAGUACAGCCAAAAGCUGCUGGUUCCAGUCUCAUGAACAAGCUCACAAAUUCUCUUGUCCUGGAUGUGAUCCGUUAUAUGGGUGUUAAGACUACUGCUGGUUGUUUUGUUGUUCCUAUGGCCACUGGAAUGAGCUUGGUAUUGUGCAUGCUUACUCUGAAACAGGAAAGGCCAGAUGCCAAAUAUGUUCUUUGGUCCAGAAUUGACCAAAAAGCUUGCUUUAAAUGUAUAAUAACGGCAGGUUUGCAGCCCAUUAUAAUUGAAACCAUAACAUCAGGUGAUGAAUUACGAACAGAUCUAACAGCAAUGGAGCAUCAGAUAGCAACCUUAGGAGCAGAAAAUAUUUCUUGCAUCAUGACGACAACGAGCUGCUUUGCUCCAAGAGCUAGUGAUUCUGUAGAACAAGUUGCAGUUUUAUGCAGUAGAUACAAUAUACCACAUGUUAUAAAUAACGCUUAUGGUUUACAAAGCUCACGAUGUAUGCAUAUAAUUCAAGAAGCAGCAAGGAAAGGAAGAGUGGAUGUGUUUGUACAGAGCACUGACAAAAAUUUCCUUGUCCCUGUGGGUGGUGCAAUAAUAGCAGGAUUUGAUAAAGGGCUAGUUGAGCGAAUAUCUCGAAUGUAUCCUGGCCGUGCAUCUUCCAGCCCUGCAAUGGAUGUCUUCAUCACACUUCUCUCACUUGGUGUGUCAGGGUACAAAAACCUUGUUACACAGAGGAAAGAAAUGUAUAACUACCUCAAAGAAGAGCUCACCAAAGUAGCAUUGAAACAUGGUGAACGCCUGCUUGAUACGAAAAAUAAUCCAAUAUCUAUAGGUAUGACAUUGACUUCUCUGGUUGGUACUGAUACCAAAACCAUAACAAUGCUUGGGUCUAUGCUUUUCCUCCGUUGUGUAUCUGGUACAAGAGUUGUUACAGGAACUGAUAUAAAGGAGGUAGCAGGUCACAAGUUUGAAGGCUGGGGUGCACAUAACAGUAGUUACCCUGUGCCAUAUCUGACAGCUGCAGCAGCACUCGGUAUGCGCAAAACAGAUGUAGAUCUGUUUGUACAUCGCCUAGACAAGGUCCUAGGAAAACUGAAGGGACGUAGUGCUCCGCCAACCCCAACCUCUGCAGAAGAGCUGGCAGCCAUGCGUCGUGUGAUGCGUGGCGGAUCGAGUGCACUUAAUGGAGAAGCGAGUGGUGGCAGUGAAAUGCAGAGCCAGAGCAGCAACAGCACGUCGCUCGCCAGCAGCAAGGACUCUUUGCGCAAGUGAUGGUUGGUGUCCGUCGAUGCCCGCUGUGAUUGUCACCGCGGUGCAUCCGACGAUAGUGAUAAUGCCUCCAAUGGGAGCCUGCCUUAAUGGUAUAAGCUCCUUGCUACCGUCUUAAGAAAUUUUAAUUCCAGCCAUGAAGUCUCCAUGGGUGUAUCAGUUAUUCCAUAUUUGCUUGGGGUGAAGACUUGCUGUUACAUCUCUCUGAUCUGAAAUUUUAGGUACUUUAUGUUUCUACAAAAUGAUUUACCCAUUUUGUACAAAAGGACAACUAUUUUUAUGUUUGCCCUAUCCAAAAGUGGCAUGUGGCAAGAGUAUCUGCAAUGUAAUCAUUACAAUGCCCUGACAUUUUGCUACGUGUAAAAUAUAUUGCAGUGACAUUAUUUGCAUUUGUUACAAAUUUGACAUGUUAGUGGCAUCAUAGUAGAAGAGUACCUAAGCCUUCCAGUAAUAUUUUUAAACUAGUGUGUUUUACAAAUUGUCAAAGGAUGUGGCUGGCAUUCAUUAAGCUGAAGAGAAAAUACAUUAAUCACCUUUACACAAAAGCAAUGUUUUCCAGAGAUCUUGGGGAGCAACAAGAAUAAUUGAAAUAAGUGUUGAUAUUGUAUGUCAGUGUAUGUCAGUAUGGGUCUCAUAAUAGAGUUUACUUAGAGGUGUCACUAUACAGACACAAGUAUAAAGCCAGUAGUAGACACAGAGCUUAAAUGCAAAUGAUGAGAAAUGUACAGUACUGUGUUACAUGCUUGAAGAUAGUUUUAAAGAUAUAAAUAUUUAUGCUGCCUGGUUUUUGUUCUGCAGUUUGUUGAAUUGUCCAUAAAAAUAGUUUUUGAUACUUGUGUAGUAUACAUGCAUGUACAGAAGUUAAUGUUAACCAUGUUUCCCAGGUAAAAACUUUGGAUGUUACUGAUCUGUUUUGUUAGUAAAUUAUUAAAUGUAAUAGUUGGGUAAAAUCUGAUUUGUAUCAGCAUAGCCACAGCUUUUAAUGUAUAUGUAUUAUUUUUCCAGCCAGAUUAAGGUUUACUGUGAAGAUCUGAUAGGCACAAAUUUAUUGUGGAUGUUAUGAUCUUUUAUUGGUGUUGAACUGUGAGGAUGUGGUAUGUCCUUGCAGGACUAUCGUGCCUGUGAGUUAAUGUGAAUGUUAUAAUAGGCUGUAUGUCAUCAAAGUCUUCCAUCUCUUUGAUUUAGUGAGAAGUUUAUAUUUAAUCCAUUUGUUAAAAAUAAUUCAUAGUUUAUGUGGUGCCUUGAAAGACUUUUAGAUUAUCAUUUAACUUUUGAUUGGCUGUAGCAAAACAGUAAUAAUUUGGUUUCAUUUAAUUUUGAUAAUUCUUCCUGGAAAUUGUGGUCUGGCAGGUUUUGCAAGGUCAGCAUUUGAUGUGAAUGGUGGGCUUCUUACAUUGUACAUGAGUUAACAUUCACAGCUGACAGACGCUUCAUUGCAGAACACAGGAUGGGAAAAAAUGAGACAAGGUUUUGUAGAGAAGUGAGAAUUCUUUUAGCUGAAUCUUUCUUGCAGAUUAUUUCUAACUGCCAGAAAAUUUAUUUUCUCUGUCUCUUGAAAGUUAUAUUUAACAUUGUUGAAUAUCUAUUCUUUAGAAUUUGUUGGCCAGGAAACGAGAGACCAGUUACACUUCACAGUGUUAUUGGGUACUUGGUAAAUACUAUCUUUGAAAAUAAUAAGAGCAUUGAGAAUCUGUAACAGUCAGGAUGCACUUCUGUUUUCAGGGACUUAUUUUUUUAAUUAUCUGCUAUGAACUCAAUGGAAGAUGAAACUGUUGCUUUAGAAAUUAUGGUACCUUUUGCUAUUGUGAUAGUGAGAAGAAAAUAACUAAUUGCUAUGUACCUGGUAUGUAUUUUAAAAUUUCAGUGUAACAAUGUUUGACAAAUGGGUUUAUGGUUUUGAUGGAAUUUCCUUGAUCAUUUGUAUGGUGUUUGUUUUGUUGUAUGAGAUGCUAAAAUUACUGUUACUGUAGGAAUGAGAAUAUUACAUCGAAGUCAUUGAAAGUGAUGGGUUGAGGCUCAGAAAAUUUGUAAUAUAUAGCAAUACUUAUUUCAAUUCUGAUUAAGCUGGUUGAUGCAUUUUUGAUGUUGGCAACCAAGAAAAUUGGUUAUAAGAUGCUGUUAAAAACAUAUAAUAUGAUAAGGGAGUGAUAUGUACAGAAUAACAUUUUGUUAAAUGUAAAUUUGUUAAGUAUGUGAUAAUGUAUAACCUGUUUAUUGAGACUCCAUUACACCAAAUUAGUGGAGGUCGUUUUUUAGUUUUUUUGUGAGUGAUUUGUAUGCCAGUACUAGGCUACAUGGAAUGGUGAUACAUUAACUGAAGUUAAUGUCUGAAUAAAUAUUUACAGAAUGGCAUGAUUAGUACAAACACAUUUUGUAUCAUGCAUGUAAGGAAACAUGCAGAGGACAUUUAAAAGAAAACAAAUGUUUCGCUGUUGGAAACUGGAAUAGUGCAGUGCAUGAGUGUUAAAAAUACAUUUUGAUGCACUGUAAAAGCUUUUGUUAAUGUUCCUAAUUUUAUUUGUGAUAGGUUUUAUGGAAUUAAAAUAAGAGUCACCUUGUUUUACUUUAGUAACCAUUUUACAGGAUUCCAAGAUUCAGAUAUUUUCUUGUACAGAGUUACAAUCUGAAGUAAAUAGUAAUAUUUUCCAGCCAAUUAUUUAAUUGUUGAAAUGUUCUUAUGAAACCGUAAUAUUUAAAUCUGUCGAAAUUACCUGCCGAAUUUGUGAUUGAUUUUUGUAACUUAGAGUGUCAUUUAUUUAUAAAGGCUGUUAGUCUUAGCUACAUUUGAAGGGAAAAUGGGUGUUCUAGCAUUAAACUAUUUGCCAAAGAAGAUUAUGAAAGUAAAAGAAGCUACAGAAGUGAAUUUUAAGUGUUGCAGUCAUACUCCUGUUGAUCAACAUCGAUAGGCUCAGGAGAACACUUCUUUUGCUGUGUAUAGCCUAAUCUCUCGUAAGAAACAAUGUGUGCUUGCAAAGCAUUUUCUUACCUGUUAUUACAUAAACAAAUAAACAUUGUCAUGUAGUGUUACAAUAUUCCGUUGAAAUGGGGAACUUCUGUAUAACAUGUGCCUGUAGUCUGUAUGCAUACACCCAACAGGUGCAUGAAAAACAAUAGCUAAAAUUUGAUUGCCCAGUGGGAAAUAUUUGUUUAAAAGUAUUGCCAUUGUUUUUACAACAAAAGCCGCUUUGGCUGGAAAAGAGAAGAAAAUUGAAAUACACUGUGAUUGGUAUAAAUGUUCUACAGUCUUGCAUCAUCAUCUGUUUGUCAGCAGUUAUCAAAGCAGUACUUUAAUUUUGCCCUGUAACCUGAAGUUUGGCAUGUGGUCUGAUUUUAUUUGUUUUAUUUUAUCAUUUUUUUGUCUUUCUACUACUAAUAUUAUUAGUAAUUUUGAUGAAAUGUUAAUCUUCUCUGUGCCCCAUUUAUAAGUUUUUCGCAGCGUACAAUUGGUUCUUUCUCAUACUACAAAGCUCUGUGAGAGGCAGGUCUGCAUGCCUCAGAUGUCUUUUAUGUUAUUCAUUUAUGUCUUUAAAAAGAUUCCUGUUCUGAAAAUGUUUUCUGAGAAUGGUUUAAGGACUGGAGGACAUCGGUUUGAGCUAAAGUGUAAUUUUAAUUCUGUAUUUAGUGGUAUAAGUCUGGAAUUAAACUCUUUAUUUAUUGUGGUGCAAGACAUGCAUACUGGCAUGAAAACAAAGCAUGUCACUGAUUUGUGUGAAAGGAGAAACAUGUUUUAAUGAUGUCUCAGGUGCAGCUUGAUAAAUCGAACUAGGGUUAACACUGAAGUGCCAAUUUCAACAUUUGUUGUAGGAGAAAUAACUGAAAAAUGCUGUAUGUUGGUGUUAAUUUUUUUAUCAGAAUUUGUCUUCCAUUCCUUGUAGACCACUAAUAAGUGACAGAAACCAAAGGAAAUAGUUCACAUUGAAAAACAGGUGUGCUCCGUACACUGACAAAGGAAGACUUGAAAGUUGGUUGUUGUAUCCAUGUUAUAUUUUGGCACUUGUCAGUCUGCCAAAACACUUUGUAUAAUUUGCCUUUGUUCCUUUUUACAUUUUUUAACUGUGUUGGUUUUAUAAAGGCAUUAAUGUAGAAAUUUCAUUUUUGCAUAAUUUUCUAGUAAAAGAAUAAACCUCAACAGUUUAUAAAACUUGCGUCUUUUUUUCCAGAUAUUGUUUUCUUGUAUUUUGACUGAGCCUUUUUCUUUCUUCAACAACAACAACAACAAUAAUAAUAAUAAUAAUAAUGUAUUUUAAAUAUUGACUGAUUUCAUCAUAACAAAUUACCUUUUCAGAAAUGCUCUACAUUAUCUAUUUCCCUUGAGCAAUUCCAUAUUUCUUUCUGUGAGAUAACUUUAUUUGGUUUGUUCUGUUUCCAUUUUUAGACACUAUUGGUUGCUUUGUGCUAGUAUGUCAUGUAGUCUGUUUGAGAGGUUUCAGGAUUAUUUUCUUCUCUGUGUUGUAAUAUGACCAUUCUUAAUUUGCUACGUUUGUAAUAUAUUUUGAUGUGUGAUGUUAGAAGUUAAGUUACCGGUGUACAUCUUGUUCUGAUGUCACUUAAUAGGCUUCCAUCUAAAUUUUCAUUGAUGUCACAGUUUAUGAAUUUGUUGCCUUAUCUGUUCAUUGGUUCUCUUAACAAUAUUUUAUUUACUGAUAGUGAAUCUAAUUGUGGUAGUUUCUUGGGUCAAUAAUAAAAUGAAUAUUUGUAUUCUUGAUGUUAUUACAUCAGUUUCAGAAGGAAAUGCUGUUGAAAAAUGCUUUGCAAACAUACAACAUUGAUGUUAGUUGCCUCUGUUGUCAUGCAACUAACAUUAAUAUAUUACCAAAAAAAGUAUGUAUUAAGGAUAAAUGGUAGUGUUUUUUUAGAAUUGUUAUUGGACAGAUAGAGAAAAGAAAGGUGUGUGUGUGUGUGUGUGUGUGUGUGUGUGUGUGUGUUUUAGAGAGAGGGAGAGAAGGGGGGGAUGAUUUCUUUUUAAGGGAAUGGAGAGUGAUGAUGAAUAAGUACUGAGCUACAGCAUGUUGGGGUAAAAUUGUUUCACAAACUUCUUGCUUUUGUGCAGUGUCUGUUGUAAUCUAUAAGUGUGUAAUACAUGAGAAAUGCUCUCCAUCCUUGUUCUUCACUUUUUGCUGUAGCUAGGUGUGCUAUGGAGGAAGUUAAUAUGGGGCCCAUUCUCGUCGUUGCAAGUUUUUUUUUAUUUUUAUUUAUUUUUAUUUUUUUUUAUUUUUUUUUACCCCCCUGUGGUGGUAUAUGGCGAAACUUCAACGACAAGAUAAGGGAAGACUGUUGCAAUGAGUUCAUUUGACAUAUCGUCUCUCAGUGUUUCCCAGCCAGAAGCCAGUUACAGUUGUAGCACAGCAAGGCAUAAGUAAUGAAAUGAUUAUUGAUGAUGUACAAUGUGUAGCAUUGCAUAGAAGUGCUGUAAGUUUAUGGACAUUGUGUUUCCCGUUAUAAAAUGAAAUGGCAUAAUGAUAUGUAAAA